AUGGCAGGGGGGAAUCCAGAGAUUUUUAAUGAUCCCAUCCAUGGUCACAUUGAGCUGCACCCACUUCUGGUCAAAAUCAUCGACACACCGCAGUUCCAGAGACUACGAAAUAUCAAGCAGAUGGGUGGAGCCUAUUUUGUUUACCCUGGAGCAUCCCACAACCGAUUUGAACACUCAAUUGGGGUGGCGCACUUGGCAGGAGAGCUGGUCAAAGCCCUACAGUCAAGGCAGAGAGAUCUCAAAAUUACUGACAGAGACGUCCUCUGUGUGCAGAUUGCAGGUCUUUGCCAUGAUCUGGGACAUGGACCCUUUUCUCAUCUGUAUGACCAGAUGUUUAUCAAACGGGCCAAUGGGGAGGAUUCAUCUAAUGAAUGGAAGCAUGAGGAUAACUCCUUUAAAAUGUUUGAGUACAUGGUGAAAACAAAUCGUCUGAGACCUGAGAUGGAAAAAUAUGGACUGGACCUGGAAAUAGACAUGGACUUUAUUAAAGAGCUCAUCUAUGGAGAGCCUUUGAAAACAUCUGAAAACCCUGUAUGAUGGCCGUACAAAGGUCGUCCUGUAGAAAAGUCCUUCUUCUACGAAAUUGUGGCAAACAAGCUGAAUGGGAUCGAUGUGGACAAGUUUGACUACUUUGCCAGGGACUGUCACCACCUCGGGAUCCAGAAAAACUUUGACCAUCUGCGUUUCAUCAUGUUAGCCAGAGUGUGUGUGUGUGAGGAUGACAAGAAACACAUCUGCUCCAGAGACAAGGAAGUGGGAAAUCUGUAUGACCUGUUCCACAUGAGGUAUUGUAUCCACAGACGAGCUUGCCAGCACAAAGUGAACGAGAAUAUUCAAAUUAUGAUCUGCGAUGCCCUCUUAAAAGCAGAUAAAUCCAUCAAAAUCCAAGGCUCAGAUGGGAAGAUGUUCUCUCUCUCUGAAGCCAAAGAUGACAUGGAGGCCUACACCCAGCUGACAGAUGAAGUCUUGGCCAAAAUACAGGAUCCUACUUGUAAGGGAGAAGGCAUGAAACAGGCGAGACAGAUUAUACAGAGGAUCAUCUCUCGAGACCUGUAUACAUUUGUGGGUGAGGCUAAGGACGACACUUUGGACUAUGGGAUGAAAAAUAAGAAUCCAAUCGAUGAUGCGUACUUCUACAAAAAGAAUGGACUGCGGGGAUAUAUAAUCCGCAAGGACCAGGUGUCCAGUCUUCUGCCGGAGGUCUUUUCUGAGCAGAUCAUCAGGGUUUACUGGAAGAAAAAUGACAAGAAACAAUGUCAGGAAGCUAAAGACUGCUUUCAAUCCUGGUGCGAUAAAAACGGCUUUCAGAUUUGA